CAACAAAGCAAUCUCCAAUCCAAAACACCACAAUCCUCUCUUCCUCAGAUAUUUUCCCUCUCUCCCACUAUCCCCAAACAUAGAAUCAAUGGCGGCAGUUCAUUGCUGCCUCUCAGUGACCUCCGCCGCCGUCCCCAGCUCCCAAGACUCUCCAUCCCCGCCGCCGCCCAUCUCGAGGCCGCCGACCAAGAUCAUUCUGCCGAACAAGAAGCCGGAGAAGUGGUCCACCGGGGUGGCUCCGGGGGAGUACGGCGGCCCUCCCACCACCACCAAGCUCAGAAAGUACUGGGGCGGAGAGCAAGACCCCCUCGCCUCCGAUGAUUACUUGUGGAAUAAGGAUUUCAUGGAUCGCAUGAAGAAGCUCAUUCAGGACCCUGAGGAUGUUGCUAAAGACUCGACCUUUACAUCUGUAAAGGAGGAGCCUUCUGGAUUUCUUAGCUUGAACAGAGUCAUGAGCUUGGACAAUAUGGAAGUCGACUUGAGCAAAGAACUAGCAGCUCCUUCUGCAUCCGUAGUGGAAGAGCAAGUCGAGGAGCAAACUGUCAGGACUGCCGGUAGGAAAUGGAGACCAGCUCCAACACGUCGUGAGCUAGACAAGUGGGACAGAGCUGCCAAGGCUGCAAGCGGAGGCAGCGAUGUCAUGUUGCGGGAAUCAAGGCGUGCAAGAGGGGAUCCCGUGGUUUUGGCUGCUCAGUCGAGGGAACAAUAUUAUAAGUUGAAAAACAAAUUGCAAGUGCUCACGGUGGGAAUCGGUGGCGUUGGCUUGGUUUCAGCAUAUCUAACAUAUUCUCCAGAAAUUGCAGCAAGCUAUGGCGCUGGCUGGCUCGGUUCUUUGGUGUACAUGCGAAUGCUCGGUAACAGUAUUGAUUCCAUGGCCGAUGGAGCAAGAGGAGUUAUCAAGGGAGCAAUGGCGCAGCCAAGGCUGUUGGUUCCUGUAGUCUUGGUGAUGGUAUUCAAUCGAUGGAACGGGAUUUUAGUGCCCGACUAUGGAUUCAUGCCCCUUGAUUUGAUCCCAAUGCUGGUCGGGUUCUUCACGUACAAGAUCGCCACUUUUAUGCAGGCGAUAGAGGAGGCGGUGAACGUCGCUGCCGGAAAAUCCGAGGCUUGAUUCAAUCUGUGUAGUUAGUGAUGGGAAUUGGGAAAUAAUCUAUAGUUCCCUGCAUUAUUGUAAAUGAAAUGAUAUUGUAAUAUUUGUCGCAAAAGUAAUGCCACAUCUUAUAUUUCACUUA